AUGCCGGAACACGUUCCUCGAAUGGCCAAAAAUAUUUCAAACUACGUUCACGAUAGUUCGUCGAUGCACCUCAGCGAAAAAGGCGAAAACGUUCGUGAUUUUGCCUCGCUAGUUGUUCAUACAGAAUUGGUUGAAACGUUCACGACGCUGGAUUAUAUCGGAAACGUACAACUUGAUUAUGGUCGUAAAAUCACCGAUACGUGCGUACGUAUACACGAGAGUUUAGAAGACGACGCACGAGCAAAAACGUUCGCACCGCUCGGUGGUUCUGGCACGACUGGAAUACUGGAAGCGGACUCGUCUCAACUUUACAUAUGGCUGCGUAUCGUCCAAUGA